AUGGCGCGGGAGACCAUUCAGCAGGCGCUGGUGCAAGGGCUCCUAGCGCGCCGAUUUGUCGCGCGGGAUGAUCUGCGUGCCAUCUAUGGUGAUCUAUGCAGCGCGUUGCAAGUGUCCGAGGCGUUCGAGGCCGACUUGGACGCGAUCCAAAUGUCAUUGUCCCCUCUUGGCCUAGACGUGCGUACGUGCCACGAUCAAGUCACAGCUGUGGCCUACGUAGCUCUGAUCAACGCAAAAGGUGACUCACUCGCUGAGCUAGCUACGCCAUACUCGCCCAGCGAACUGCAUUAUAUUCGCUCGUUGAUCGGUCAUAUGAUCCAUGCACCGGAUGCCCGCUUUGCUAUUCCGUCAACACAGGCCUUGCUUGUGGCAUCUCACAUGCAACCUACGCCUCUCACGAAACAAGCGGCGUCGGACCUUCUCCAGAACUUGGAACGACGUGGCUGGUUUGCCUAUCUCCGUCGCACAGGCGCCUAUACCCUUACAACACGCGCGCUGUGCGAACUGGAUGCGUUCCUUCGUCAGGAAUGGGAAGGGGCCAUGUACGAAUGCCUGGUAUGCUAUGCUUUGGUCACCCUCGGCGAGCGAUGUGCAUCGCCACAGUGCCAGGCUGCAGUGCAUACCUCGUGCAUCGAUGCCUUUUGUGCGCGGCAUACGUCAUGCCCACAAUGCCACCAGUAG